AAAGGUCCCUAACAAGAUCGUACAAGUGCCGCAAAAAGUAUUUCCUCCUCAAACGAUGUCUAAACCAAGUGUAUACCUUAUCUGCCUGUUUGGGUUAAUUGCUGUUUGCUUGUCCAAAGUGAUCAACGAUAUCAACUCAUCGAACUCUUCGGAAGAAGACUCAAACGAAGCGGAUGAAAUGCUAUCAGGUUUUCGAUCCAAAUGCCAGAAAAAACUGGGCAGCAACGAAACGUUCGGUAACAUACUGACAGAGUCCGAAUUGUUGCCGAAUUGUAUGCUCGGAUUGAUUGAUCUCAUGGGUUUGGAAAGAGAAAUUGAAAAUCUAACAGCAGAGAUUGAAACCCGAAAGGCGUUUUUCAGAAAAUACUGUCCUCAAGUUCAGAAAUCCAUGAAGUGUCUGGAGCCGGUAACGAAAGAAGUGCGCAAGUGCAUGGAUCGCGACGAUGCUGAACUUUUCGAUGUGGUUACCAGAGCGAUUCCUGAGGCACUGAAUUUAAUUUGCAAAAAUGAUGGAGCCCUUUUGUUCUCUGAUGAUGGUUUCACCGAAUGCAAGGACAACAUAAUCAUCUAUCUGGGCGAAUGUGCCAAUCUGAUCCAGAACACAACGGCCGCGCUCGAUAUUGCCACCUACGAUAGGAAGCUGUGCGAGGAUCUGGCCGCUGCUCGAAGUUGUUUCUCCGAUAAGCUAGACAGCUGCCGGGGAUCCAGCUGGAUGCAAAUCUUUGACCUGUUCUAUGGCCCGGUUGUUAAAACUAGCCCCUGCAAGAAGUUUAUAAAGUUGGAACAGACUAAUUUGGUGUAGAGCAACACUUAACGAAUUCCUUAAGAACAGUCGAUCGACAAAACUUCGGACUUUUCGCUGAACAGUCUCUAAAUAGUCUUGAAUUUUGUGACCGUUUCUAGUUUACUAUAAAAAAGAACAACUCAACCUGUCA